ACGAGAUACUUAAACCUUCAUUCAUGCUUUCUACGGUCUUGGGUUUAGUUCGCUCCCCCUUCCGUUUGCACUUUUUUUUCUCCGAAAGACUUGAUAUACCUUGCUCUCCGCUUCUUCGGUAGCCAGGGAAUGAUGGGGAACGGUCUUUUGCUUGGCAUUUUGCUCGUUUCGAGGAUUGGAUUUUAAUCAAUUCGCAUCGCUGACUGCUAUUGAAUUUGUCUUGAUCAGAUUUCACAUGAAUGAGCAUGAUGUACCCCCUGCAACUCCUCUGCCUGCUGCUCUGCAUGGCCUCCUCCUCACAGGCCUCUGAAACCCCGGAUGAACACAAUGUGGUUGGUGACCAGCCCGUCCCGGUGGUGCUGGACCUCUACACAGAGACCCUCGCCCCGUCUGCCUUCAGGGGCCAUGGCGGGCCCCAAUUUGACCCCCAACACAGCCCGGAGCCGCUUCUAUGCGGCAUCGAGUGCCAAAGCGCCUUGCCUCCCUUGGACCAGGCCGAGCAAGAGAGGAUUCUGGGAUACGAGACGCUGCGCGACAACGGCACGCGCACAAGGACCCAGGUCUCUCUACGCGGCUUCAGCAACGCCGCCUCACGCCGGACGUCCCGCGAACCCGCGCCCAAACGCGGCAAACGGCAGGUCUUCGGCCCGGACGGGCGGUUCGUCAUCUCCGGCUCCCACUUCGUCACCAGCUACCCGUUCGCUUCGGCGGCGCGUCUCUCCACGGGCUGCUCCGGCGUCCUGGUCUCCCCCAGGCACGUGCUCACGGCGGCCCACUGCGUCCACGACGGCAGGGACUACCUGGAGGGGGUCCCCCGACUCCGGGUGGGGCUGCUCCAGCUGAAGACCAAGAGAGGAAGAGGAGGAGGAGGAGGAGGAGGAGGAGGAGGAGGAGGAGGGAAAAGGAGAGGCGGAGGGAGGAGACCGGGGGCACGAGGAGGAGGACAGGCCGAGACGGUCCAGGAGGAGAACGGGGAGGAGGAGGAGGAGGAGGAGGAGGGCGAGGAGGGCGAGGGCGAGGAGGACAACAGCGUGGACCCGGUGGCGCCCGACGGCGUCCGGGGGCAGGGCGGGAGAAGGAGGCUCUCCAGACGAAGGGGAAGGAGGGGGAGGGCCGGGGCACCGGCUGCAGGAAAGAGGCAAGCGAAGGAGGGAGUGGUCGGGACGGCCGACGGAGGCUACAGCCGUCGGCAGCGCGUGCCCCGCAGCACAGCGCGGCCCAAGCGCCCGGUGUUCCGCUGGUCCAGGGUCAAGCAGACGCACGUUCCCGCCGGUUGGAUCCAGAAUGACAACAACAACAACAACAACAACAACAACAACAACAACAACAACAGCAACAACAAGAGCAAUAACCGAUCGGUGUCGGCCGACUACGACUACGCUCUACUGGAGCUGAAGAGGCCGGUGAAACAGACGCCCAUGUCUCUGGGCGUCGCCCCCAGCGACCAGCCCCUGACGCGGAUCCACUUCUCGGGCUACGACCUGGAGAGGGCGCCCUCGGACGGGAGCGAGAGAGUGGUGUACCGCUUCUGCAGCGUGGCCCAGGAGUCGGACGACCUCAUCUACCAGCACUGCGACGCCCAGCAGGGGGCGUCGGGCGCCGGCGUGUACGUCCGCGGCCGGCAGGAAGUGGACGGCGGGAAGGGGAAGUGGCGGCGGCGGGUGAUCGGCGUGUUCUCGGGCCAUCGCUGGGUGGAGCUGGAGGGCAGCCGGCAGAAGGACUUCAACGUGGCGGUGAGAAUCACGCCGGCCAAGUACGCCCAGAUCUGCCACUGGAUCCACGGGGAUCCACGGCUCUGUGAGGCGGUUUGAGGUGUGUGGGGGGCACGGUCUGGCUCGAAUGGAGAACUUAGAACUAAACAUCUACUGACUUACUUUUGAAACAUCGACCGUGCAGUCUAUCCUUUGGUUGUAACAGAUUACUUAUAUUUAGACCAAAUUCGGUUACGCUCUAAUCCCUAGUCACCUCCUUAAAGGGGUGAUAUUAUGCCAGCAUGUGUGAGUGAGAUUAGCCAUUACAAGAUCUGCCUUUUCUGUUUUAGUGACAACACAAGUGGGUGUGUCCACCUAGAUGCAUGAUGGAUGGAGGCAUUAUAUCACCCCUUUAAAUCCUUGCAGACGGGGAUGUAUGAGACGUCAGUUAAAUCGUGGUUGGCUCCCAUCAGUUUUGAAACCUUCCUAGAAAUCAAAUCAAGUUCACUUUAAAAAUACAUAUAUAUAGCCUAUAACUGCAAGAUAAUACACGUGUUACUGGUGCUUGCCUAUCACGGUCCUUUGGUGCUCAUGAUUAAUCUUGAUGAAUAAAUAUCAGCAAGGUCAUCAUCGUUUUGCGCACAUUGUCAAUAUUGUAUUUGUUUGUAAUACAUUAUGCAUCAAUACAUAUGGCUGUCUUAGAAAUAAUAAUAUACAUUAUAAUUGUUGUUUAAGAAUCAUGAUGUCAGAUUGACACUGAUUUUAAUGUCCAUUCUAUUGUAGAGCUCCUAUGAUCGCACUAUUAGCAAUAACCAUAUAGCAGUAGCAAUAGCAUGAAUGGUAGCUUUGUGUACAUAACUAUACCAGGGUAGAUAAGUGAUGAGUCACGGAGGUUGGUUUGGAUCAGUGUAGUUUGUCUUUUAUUGCAUCACAUUUGGACUCACAUGCAAGUGGGGGGGUCUGGGGCUGGUGGCGGUGUGGUGGGUGGAAGGGGGUGGGGUGGGGAGGGGGGGUAAGAGAGUUUCAGGUAUCAAUCCCGUCCAUAAAAAUAAAAAAAACACAAAAACACAGCCUUCAAAGGAGUACCAGGAACACAUUAUGUAUCCACAUCCUGUUUGUCUGAAGUGUUUUUAAUCACUUUCAUUUUAUUUUCCAACACUUUGUUAUGCCACAACGGAUUAAGAUACUCACUUUUGUAAAUAAACGACACACAGAACACCCAGCGUAUAUUUGAGUGCUUUUACAGUGAGAGUACCCAAGAUUGCCCUCUUGGGUCACAUUCCAAUCAAAAGUUAAAUAAUAUCAACCAUUUUCACCUCCUCUUGUACAGUAAGAUUACAUAUCUGUCCAUCGUUCAGGACCAGAGAAUGCUGAGCGAUUUCUUUUUAGAAAUUGAAUAAUUCCCAGAGUUUACCUCGUGUUGCAUGCCAUGGUGCAAUACCAUUCAACACCAGCAGAUAGGGCAACAGAGAACACUUGAGGCUGGUGUUGCAUUCAAUACUGCCUCUGAAUACAGUUUAAGAUAUGUACAAAGAAAGCCGGGGCUUUUAUUUUAAUCUGUUUGCACAUUUUCCUCCAUGAUUUUUUGAAAUAACGAAAAAUAUAUAUUUUUGUUCUCAAAAAAGUUAAAAGAAAAAUAUGUAUAAUCUAUACUCAAAAUAUACUAAAAUGCAUAUGUCAAUUGAACACAGUUCACAAUUUGCUAUCGAUAAUCAUAAAUGAUAAAAAUGAAAGCAAGAACUUUGGAAAAAAAGACUAAGCUAAUAGCACUAUAGUUUGUUAAAUAGAAACAGUGCAAGAUGGAGGCUUUUUUUCAAAAAGUUACACUUUGAUAUUCAGAACUGUUCUCUGAGAGGUUUGGUGUACCAAUGGCAGGGAGAAUGGAUGGUCGUAAUCACGGAAGAACAUCUAUGUGUUUAUUGAUGUCAUGAACAUAGCUCACCAUUAGGUCAAAUGACAAGGGAAACGGUAGGGAUUGGCCAGUGAGGUAUAUACAUACACACACACACACACACACACACACACACACACACACACACACACACACACACACACACACACACACACACACACACACACACACACACACACACACACACACACACACACACACACACACACA